CCUGGACAGGAAGAGCUUUCAGUGUUACGAACGCUCCCGAAGCGCGCCGUUCCCAGCCGUACUCGCGCGCCGACUCUCCUCGGUUACUUCCCGCCGAAAACGUUUCCUCCACCUUUCCUUCUCUCCUUUCUCCGAUCUACGAAAAUGCCGUUCGACCCCGCGACGAACGGAACGGCGCGUUUCACCGCGAGACCCGUCGCGUCCCCCGAAUUUCCGCACGUCCGUCGCUCCCCGCGCGAGACGGAUUAAUCUCCGGGCACAUAUGGUAAUCCGCGAAUCUCGCGGGAGAUGGAGAACGGGGAACAAAGCUCACCGGUCGAGGAACGCUGCUGGGAUCGCCGAUAAGUUCGUCUCGGCGAGAGAACCGGCCGCCCGGAGUUUCGGGGAAACCGGCAAAAGGGGAUGCCGAAAAAUGAAAGUAGCUCGUAGGUAAAAGAAAAUGGCACCGUUCCACGGCAUGGCCCUUAUACUGCUUGGAAUCGGGUGUCACCUGUUACGCGCCGAACCGGCCUCCGAUCAUCGGAACCAAGCGGCGCAACGAUUCGAGGACGAGAUCGGCAGGACGGAGCGACGAACGCAUCGGGGGACGAGGAGGACCGCGUUUUACAAGGAUCCUGCUCAGAAAGUGACCGCGGUUGUCGGGCAGACCGUCGUGCUGUUGUGCCGUGUGAGAAAUUUGGGGAACAGAAACGUGUCCUGGAUUCGGAAAAGGGACUUGCACAUCCUGACGUCCAUGUCCACGACGUACACGAGCGACGCGAGAUUCACGAUAAUCGGCGACCAGGAGAAGGACGAGUGGAACCUGAAGAUAGAUUACGUGCAACCACGGGACUCCGGCAUCUACGAGUGCCAAGUUAACACGGAGCCCAAGAUUCACAGGGCGAUCGCGUUGAGAGUCUUGGACGUGCAGGCAAAGAUCACGGGCCCCGAGGAAGUGUUCGUGAAGAAGGGCAGCACGAUCGGCUUGACUUGCAUCGUGGACACGCAGGACAUUCCUCCGAGCAACGUGACUUGGUAUCACGCCGGUGCAGCGAUCGAUUUCGACGGUCCGAGGGGCGGCGUUUCUUUGGAGACGGAGAAAGGUAAAAACGGCACCACCAGCAAGCUGCUGAUAACGCGUGCACUGCUCGACGACAGCGGAAAUUACACGUGCGCUUCGAGCAAGGUGGCACCGGCGAGCGUCAUGAUCCACGUGUUAAACGGCGAGCAUCCCGCGGCGAUGCAGCACGGCGGCACGGGUAACGCGAAUCGAAGGGCGAUUUUCUUCAGUCUGCUUCUACUGGUGGACAGGACAUUGCGGUGAGGCGUCGUCCCCGCCUCCGUGGCGUUCUACCUGCACAUCUUUUCCCGGUGAUUGAUCGGCCUGCUCGCAGGAGGACCGGAUCACACCGGUGUUUCACCAAUUUCGACGGUCGGCGUCCACGGGAACACCGUUCGUGGAAACGGCAUCUCUUGCUCUCGUUUGUUCAAUUCCCUGUAAAGCGAAGAAAGAAAAAGAAAACGGAAAAACAAACAAAAAAAAGCAAAAAAAAGCGAAGAAAAGCGAGCGAAAAGCAGGAUGAAAUAUAACAGCGUGUUUUAUUAAACUGCGAAACGCAA